GAAAACAGAGCUGCCCUUGAUCUCAGCGUUUAAAGAAGGUCAGCAGAGAGUCGGGGCCCCGCUGGCCUGGUUUCGAACACUAAACAUCUUUCUAAAGCAGAGAGAGGGGCACGUGACCCUCCUGAAGAUCUCCUGAGCGGACACAAAGAGAGUGUGUGUGUGUGUGUUUAUCUGCUGCGAUGAUGAUGAUGAUGAUGAUGAAGAUGAUGAUGAUGAGACGUCUGCUGCUGCUGUGUGUGUUCUGCGCGCUCUCCGUGUCUCUGUGCAGCGGAGCCUGUGCCGAGGUGGAUUCAGACACCGAAGCUGUGGCCGGACAGCUCUUCAAGCUGGGGUGCAUCUCCUGUAAGAUGCGCGGAGAGGUGGAGGCCUCGGCCACCGUCGACUGGAUGUUCAGGGCGCGAGGAGAAGCCGACUUCGUGCACAUUUACAGCUACGACGGCGAGGCGUCCAGCAUCAUCGACGAGCGCUUUCAGGACCGCAUGGAGUGGCACGGCAGCAAGAAGACCUUUGACCUCCAGGACGCGUCUGUGGACCUCCUCAACGUCACCUUCAAACGGACUCCGGCGUCUACCGCUGCAUCUUCAACCGAGGUGCUCAGCUACGAACACUACGAGUUCUCCACCAUCGCCAGCCAAAGGAGGUGA